AUGAUGAGUCAGAAGUGGGCUGAAGGAAGCAGGCAAGAGAAUGUUGGAAGGGAGGAGGGGAGGUCCCCGGUUCCCAAGGAGUUUCAUCUUCACAAGAUUGAAGUCAUCAAGGACAGGAAGGACGUUGACAAGGUCAGGUCCGACGGAAUGCGGAGGAAGAGAGAUACGGAGAUGCAGGAGCUACUGGACGACAUUGCAAGGUACCAGGAGCUUGCUGAAGCCUUGCAGAGGCAGCUGGUGGAGGCGGGGAAGAGGCUGGUGGAAAGCGAGCAAGAGCUGAACGCGGCGAACAUGUGCUGUGAGCGGCUGGAGGAAGAGAUCGAAAGACUGCGGAAUGACAAGACGCACCAGCGACUAGAGGAUGGGCAGGAGGACGGGCAGGAUGAGCGGGCAGUCCAGGGGCUGCAGCGGAGGUUGCUGGUAAUGCAGCAGGAGCUUUCCGAGCUGAGGAGGAGGAACGUGGAGUUGGAGCUGAAGAUGGGCCAUGAGCAGGAGCUGCGAGAGGCGUUGGAGCAUGCAGAGAGCUCGAACAACGAGUACAAGGAGCAGCUGGUGAACUUUGGAAGGAUCAACAGGUCCAUGACGGAGAAGUACGAGAAGGAGCUGAGGAGGAUGAAGAGCGAGCAGGAGGUUAUGGAGGAGGAGAUGAAGACGUUGAAGAAAUUUCGUGAGAGGUGGGAGGAGGAGGAGAGAAAGAAAAUGAAUUUGGUCAGAAUUGAAAAGACCAGGGAGGAAGGAAUUUGUUUCUUACCGUACACUUGUCAAGAAUUCUGGAAGGGAGACAGGGAGAAGGAGGAGAAGGUGGAGGAGGUGGGGAAGGAGGAGGACGGGAAAGCAGAAGCUAUCACAAAGGAAAAGGAAGAUCCAUCUCCUACUCUAAAAAGCGCGGUUUCAAAGGACGACAAGACAGAAGAGGUCGUGAAAGAGGAGCAAAGCGAAACGUCAAGACAGAUUGAUACGAUCAAGUCUAAGUGCGAGCUCUACAGGGACAAAGGGUGUUUGGACUUGUUGACAUGCUUGAAGACUAUGAAUGAGAUUCUUGACAGCAACCUUGCAGGCUUUUUUGUUCCGCCAGCUGAUGAGAAGGAAAUUGGAACAAAAGGUGAUGGCGAUUCAUUUUUUUUGUUGCGACAGUUGACAAGAAAGUUUCUCUCCUUUAUCUCCUUCUGCUGUGUCGAGAACGAGAAAUGCGUCAUUGAACUGAUAUCUCUCUACGCUGUGAUCGACCAAGUCAAGGAGAACUUUGAGAGCAUCGCAUUUCUUACUCCUGAUAUCUUCAUCAACAUCAACAACCUUGUUGGAGAGUUUGAAAACCAAUCAUGCUGUCUGCGAGAUCGAUCAGUGAAGAGAUUGCUGGAGCUAAAGGAGAAGGUUGCAGUUGUUUUGUCGAAUCAGAACUCAGAGCUCAAGGACUUCACCGGCAAGAUGUUGGAUGUGGCAAGCGCGCAAACAAAAGUGAUGGAUAUUCUCGAGACGGCGAAAGCUUCUUGCGACAAGUUGGACGAAGAGGAAGGAAAAGAAGAUGUCGAGGCGAUAGUUGUCAACGCUCUCAGGUACAUCGAACAGAAAGUUCAAAUUCUUGCCAAGAUGAUCGGCAAACUUGCCGCUUCCUCGUCUCUAAACAACUCCGCGGAUGACUUGAAGCAAGAGAUGUGCGGAUGUUUGGAGAUCUGCGACCUUUUGCUUCAAGCUCUUUCCGGUGAUAUCAAUACCUCCGGCUCAGCGGGCAGCAUGCAGUGCGGGUCCGGGGUCACUGGAGAAAUGCGGUCGGGUGCUGGAAAGGAGGAGAGAAGAGGGGAGGAUGGAGGGGAGCAGCAGCAGACGGGAGGGGGAAGGAGACAAGGGAAGGAGCAGCAGACGAGAAUCGGGGGCAGGAAAAGCGGAGGGGAUGAGGACAGUGGAAACGAUGAUAAGGAGGAGAAGCAGAAAAAGCAGGAGGAUGAUAAGGAGCAAGAGGAGCAGGAGGAGGAGGAAAAUUGGCAAGAAGAAGACAGCGGAGACGACAGUGAGGCUGAUGAAGAGAUUCAUAGGAUUGUAUUCAGCCAAAGGAAAUGUGAGAAAGAUCGACACAAACUGUUGAGCAGCGAGCAAGAGGUCAAGGAGGAGGAGACGGGAGCACGCCGAGAGAGCAUGGGAAGGACAAGGAGAAACAAGAGCGUGGUGGAGGUGCUGCUGGAGGGAUCGGACUCCAUGGACUUCGACGCAAUGCUGGACAUCAAUGAAAGUCUGCAGGAAUUCAUACAGACAAGGAAGAAAACUGCGCGUGGAGGGAGGGCAGGAGACAUAUCGCUCCUGCUUUCUCCUCCCGCUCCCUCUGAUCCCACCGGAGACGAUGAGGAGCAGGGAGAGGCUGAAUGGCCUGUCCAAGGGAGGGCGGAGGAUGCGACCGAGCAAGACACAAGUUCUCCUCCUCCUCCUCCUGCGUGGGCUACCAGGAUCUCAAGGCGCUGGCGGCGAGCUUUCUUCGUGCACAUGCCCAGCAGGAGGACUCAGUGGAAGUACCCUGAGGAGAGGGAGCUGAGAAGAGGCCAGCUGGUAGAGGAGCUGAGAACUGUCGAGGUCCAGCUAGAGGUGAAGAGUCUGACAGGGCUGUGGGUGAGCUGGGAGAACGUCAGAAGGGUGCUGGAGGGGGAGGGGUGGAGGCACCGGGCGGCAGUGAGGACGACGCUGCUGGCUGUGGCAAAGAUGAAGCGGAAGGAGAUGGAGUCCUCUUGGGUGUGA